AUGGAGAUCAUUCAGGAAUCUGUCCAACAAUUGUCUGAUGAGUUUGAAACUUAUAAGGUAAGACUGGUUCUUGUCAUCGAGGUCAUUCAGGAAUCUGUUCAACAAUUGUCUGAUGAGUUUGAAACUUAUAAGGUAAGACUGGUUCUUGUCAUCGAGGUCAUUCAGGAAUCUGUUCAACAAUUGUCUGAUGAGUUUGAAACUUAUAAGAUCAUUCAGGAAUCUGUCCAACAAUUGUCUGAUGAGUUUGAAACUUAUAAGGUAAGACUGAUUCUAAUCAACAAGGUCAUUCAGGAAUCUGUCCAACAACUGUCUGAUGAGUUUGAAACUUAUAAGAUUACUGCCCAGAGUGAUAUAGGUAUGUUAAAAACCUUGUUAGAAGAAGAACGUUACCGGGUAGAAAGAUUAGAAGUACAGAUAAAUGAUAUGACUGAACUACAGCAACAUGAAAUACAGAAUCUACGACAGGAUAUAACUGGUAUGGAGGAGAAAACAGAAUACAGACUUGACGAGAGGACCAGCGAUAUACAUGACAUGUUAGAGAAUUGUACCACAAGGAUCACAAAGAUGGAGCUUCAGCAACAACAGCAGCAGAUUAUCUCCAUGGAGAUGGUUGAGAAUGUGACCUUUCGAACUUUGUUGACAAAGAUGUUAAAUGUUGUUUUGGCUAUAUUAGCUGUUAUACUUGUUUUUGUAUCUACACUUGCCAACUGUCUUGCACCGUUUAUAGCUAAUAGGACAAGAGUUUUGAGUACGACUGUUCUAAUUGUUAGUAUUGUAAUGAUGUUCAGAAACUGGGACGGCAUCUCUAGCCUAAUAGGAUCUAUAUUUAACUUUCUGAGUAGUUUAUUUCCACAAAGGUGACGAGGAUGGUAAUAGUAUUGAAACUUGAUCUGGUAGUUGGACAUAUCCAAUAAUUAUUCAAAUCUUCUCAUUUAUAUGAACGGAAGGAGGACAUAUUUCUCAAUCAGAGGGAGAAUUCAUUUCUCCUUCCAAGGGAGAAAUCAUUUCUUGACUGGUGGCAACGAACUCAUUUUUACAUUCAAUAUUCAGUGAACAAUUAGGAAUUGAAUGAGGAAUCUGUCUUUAUGGAUCUGAAAUUAUAGGUUGUUAACAGCUGUGCUGUUAUAAUGAUAGUCCAAUCAGAAACAAGCUGUACUGCUAUUUCGACCAAUGGGAGAACUGCUUAUAAUCAGUGUUGUUAUUUCGACCAAUUGAAGAGCUGCUUAGAAUCUGUGAUUUGUGUAUUUGGUGCUGAAUGUUGUCAAUCAAAGUGAUGGAAUACUGACUGUCAGAAAUUACUGACAGUUGUCAGUGUGGAUAAAAGUGCUCUUUUGAUGACAAUGUUUUACAUUGUAGUUCUUCAUGUAAAUGUGAUUAAGUAUUUUUAAUCAGAUGGGGAUGAUAAUGGUUUAAGAUAAAAUGUUAUUGUACAUGGCCAUUUUUUUUUGUUAAGUGUGAGCAUAUGAUUUUAAUAUGUGUAUGUUGAUUUAAGAGAUUUUAAUAGUUUGCUGUUAAAAGUUUUUAUUUUAAAUGCAAUGGAUUAUUGUAUGGAAAAUGUUUGAAUAUAAUAUUGAUCAGUCCAUUUAACAUUAACAAUGACAGUUUGUUUUCUGGGAACCCCUAUUAACAGAUUUUUAUAUUACCACUUCCAUAUGAAACUUACAUGUAGAUUUUUUCAUAGAUAUUCACUUGUUUACACAUAGUAUGAAAUUCCAUUGUUUCAUUAUUGCCAAUCAAUGCAAAGGGCAGAAAUCGUAUUUUAAACUUAACAUGAAUAUAAAAGGGACAUGUUGGAAAGGGAGAUAAUUUAUUUAUUAUCUUUUCUUUUUUUUGGAAAGAGAGACAUUUUAACUUUUGGUAAAUUAAAUGUUGUGGAAGACAAUGUAAUAAUACUGUGAUGUUUUUUAUUUUGGUGAAAAUAAUUCUCUAGAAACUGUCUAUUAGAAAACACACAUAACAGAGAAGGGAAAAAAAUACCAAUUUGAUAUUAAAACUCACAAGUCUAAAACAUAAAACAUUAAUGCCAUGCUAAAUAAUCGAAAAAACUAUAUAUUUUUUUUAUCAGAAUGCAAAAAAUAACAGAAAUCUAAAGACUGAACAUCAAGAAACCUACAAAAAAACUUGGACUUAAGGUGGUACCUAACACUACAGGGAGAUAACUCUGUAAAAUCAGCUAACGUUUCAAUUACUUUGUGUUGUCUAUAAGGGAAUAUUAAGAUUCUCAAUGAUCAAAAUUAGUGUUUGUCAAACUGCUAUAUAACCAGUGUAAUUUUCUGAUAAAUUGGUUGGGUUCAAAUGUUUUGAAAUUUUUAUAUUUUUGUCAAAGGGUCAAAGUAAAUACUUUGCCAAAAUUUUAUGAAAAUUAAACAAGCCAAAUCAAUUUUAAGGAAGGUGUUGGGUACCACCUUCAAAAACAUGAGCUGCAGAAUGUAUGCAAACUGCUAAGUUACAUUUUAUUAACUUGAUACUGUAAACAUAGUUAUACCUACAGUCGUUUAACAUUGCCAAAAGUUUUAUUAUUAUUGAUGCAAUUAAACAGUGCCAACUGUGAAAUAAAUAUGUUGUAAUUAAUGAUUUAGAGUUCUCUCCCUUUUUAAAAAUGGAGACUUUUUCCUCGCAUUUGUAAAAUUGUGCAUAAAUAUACACCACUAUUUUUGUUAGAGUCAUAUGCAUUAUUUCUUUGAAUGGAUUUAAGGGUUCAAUAGUUUUUAACAUUACAUUUAUGUUUUUACAGAUUUCAAAGCAUUAGUUAUUGUAUGAAGUAAUUUGCUGGUCAAAUUUACUAUAUUCAAUUUGGGACAUUUUUCAAUAUCAUGUUUUUUUAGUGGUAGAUAUCAUUUUUAUGAUGUUCUUUGAACAAGUACCUAUCAUUUACUGUCUUUCAUCAGUCAUUUAAUGUUCUCAGAUACAUAUAUAUGUAAAUUUAAAACAAUUUUCAAGAACUUUUUUUGAAUUAGGAAUCAAACUUAUAGUGUUUCGAUACCAUAAGAGUUUAAAUUUCAAAAAAAUACUGGCAAAGAAAUUAAUUUUCUCAUUCAUACAAGUUAAUAUAUUUUUGGGACAAAUUUGUGAUUUCCUUUACAGCUCUUCUAUAAAAGCAUGCAAAACAAAACUUUAAUCAACUUGUUUGCUUGGAUGUUUGCAAAAAAUAGGUAGGCAGAGGUUCAGUCUGCCUUAUAUAUACUGGGAUUUGAUUGGACAAUAAAAAUUGACAGGAAAAGAUUUUUUUUUUAUUCUCCAAUCAAAUUCCUGUAUAUAUUAAACAGACUUAAACAGACUACCUACCUGUUGUUUAACAAACAUUCAAACAAACAGAGCAAGCAAGUUGAUCAAAGGUUUGCUUUGCAUGCUUUUAUAGAAGAGCUGUAAUAGCUAUCUUUCUUUCUUUCUUUUUCAGGGCAGGGUGAUAAACAUGUUUUCCCCCUUUCUUUUUGUCAGUGCUGGUUUUCAUGAUAUUGUUUAUAGGUGUUUAGAUGUAUAUUUUGUUAUGGAUUAAUUAUUAAUUUAUUCACUGUGUUGUGAUAUAUGCAUGUUUGGUAGAAUUGUUCAUAUUUUUAAUCCUGGAAUUCCAUGUAAUGGAAUGUUGUAUGAUUGUUCAGAACAUUGUAUCUCUUAGAGAUCAGCUGAUUAACUUAAA